GAAACGCAGCAUGGAAAGCGCGGAACAACCGAGUAACGAGCAGAAACCGAAGGACAGGUUAGUCGGUCUGCUGGAUCACAUCGAGGCCCACGUAGAGCAACUGCGGAAGGAUGCUGCCAGGCUCAUGGAAGAGAAGGAUAGUCUGCUGACGACCUUGGACACCCUCAGGAAUAACGAUUUGCUGUUCACCCUCGAGGAGCCUGAUAGAGAUGAUAUCUUGAGGUAUGCAGAUAGAUUGUCCAUGCGCUGUUCCACUGUAGAUGUAUUAGUCACAGUCCAACGAGAUCAUGUUCAACAGGAAGCAUUACAUCAGGUUAAUGGUCUGAUUGACAGCUUGGUCGUAGGCUUGCGACAAGACCCAAAUGGCACUCGACAGCGAUGUGCAGAAUUUAUGAACGCAUGUUCUUCCCAUAGUAUAGGACAUUCCGAUAAGAUCUUCGAGACCGCUAUUCUUGGAUGCACAUUAGACGAUCAAAAGCGAGUCAAAAAAAGAUUGCAAGGAUUGCUCGAUUAUAUCGAUAAGAUGCACAUCUUAGAGAUGACACAGUAAAUAACACCAAGAGAGAUUGUUCGGCAAAUUAAAUUUGCUUAAAUUUCCAUACAAGUUUCGAAUGGCAAAUCUUUUCGACGGUCUAGCGCUGUUGUAGCGAAUUAAGAGACAAUUGGGAAAGAUAUAUUCUUUACAUCUUUUCUGCGCGGCUGAGUUUCCAUUUUCCUUCCACGUUGCAAAUAGCUACUUCAAAUGGAACGUUUGGCUGUGUAUAGAAUGCAACAACAUGUGAUUGAUUGGAUUUAAUCUUAUAGUGAUGCGAUAUCGAUUCUCGGCGUUUAUACAAUUCCUAAGCAUAUUUUAAGACACUUGGCAUUUCGGUAACUUAAAAAAAUAAAAAAAGGGUUGAAAAAGCAUUCAGUAACAUUUUUCAAAUCUGUACGUUUAAAAUAAAGAGGAAUUUCUAGAGGAUACAACUGCACUU